AUGGCAGAAUCAAACUGCGACAUACUUCUCAGGAUUUACCCGCAAAUAUCAGAACUGGAUGAUUUCCAAUCAUCAUUUAUCAUAAACUGCGUUUUAAACAGUUUUAUUUGCUACACUGCUAUAGUGUUGAACAUUUUCACAAUCUAUGCAAUCGCAAAAACAUCUGCGCUAUCGAAACCUCUAAAAACAUUGCUGGUGAGUGUUGCUGUAUCUGAUGUUGGCGUUGGUUUGAUAGUGGAGCCACUCUUUCUCUCAUUACUUAUAAAAUGGUUACAGCUUCAAAAUGAAGACUGUACCUUCUUCUUGGGACUCCAUGUCGUUUUGAAUUUGUUUUCCAUGACUUCAUUCUUGAAUAUCAUGGCCAUUAGUAUAGACAGAUUCCUGGCGAUUCAAUUUCAUCUCAGAUACCAAUCAAUUGUGACUCACAAGCGGGUUGUUGGAGUGGUCAUUUUCAUAUGGGCGUACAGUUUGUCUGCAUCGUUUAGUUUGUUCCUCUUUCCUUUUGCUGUACUCUCCACGGUAGGGUCACCUAUCGGAACCAUUUGCCUCCUCGUCACCGCAGCUAUCUACUGUAGGAUUUAUUUUAUCACGCGACGUCACAAAAGACAAAUUCAAAUCCAGCGAGUACAAGAACAAGAGGAACGAUCCAGACAAAAUAGUGAGAUGAGAAAUUUGGCAAGGACCAUGAAAACUGCCGUCGGAGUUUUAUACGUUUACUUUGCGUUUUUAGUUUGUUAUGCCCCACUUUUCAUCUAUUUGGCUGCUCGGGCAAUCUAUGGCUCCGGCAUCGUCAAGACUAGUUUUCAAGUCAGCACAUAUACGCUGAUGUUCUUCAAUUCAACACUAAACCCUGUUAUUUACUGCUGGAGGAUGAGACACAUUCGACGCGCCAUGGUGGACACCCUGCGAAAAUUAUACACUAACCUUGUGUCAUGA